UAAGAUGGCGGUUUACAUGUGUUUAAAACGUGAGUAAUAAAACCGAAGAGAACAAAAACUAAUUAGACGUAUAAAAGUUAGUUUAUUAAGUUUUAUAAAAAUCUCAUUAUCCAUGAAUUCUAGUCAGAGAGUUUUAUCUAGGACUAUUUAUUAUAAAUAUUGCAAAAGGACAAAAUUUCGAGGUUUCGGCAUAUUUCAAGAUUAUUGUAGAAGGGAAUUUAAAACAAGUGAAUGGCAUUACGCUAAAAGAAAAAUACAGCCAGAAGAUCUUCCGGUUUUUCAGUAUGCAACAUCUAAAAGUAAACGAGCUAUAAGAGUAUAUGUAUGGGGACACGCAGUUUCUGGUUGCUUGGGUAUUCCGACUUUUCUAAGACCACCACCAGGUCGUCACAGACAAUUAGUAAACCACAAACCUACAAAAUUAACUUUUGCAGAAAUUUAUAAAGUUUUUGACGUUUCUUGUGGUCAUGGAUUCACAGUGUUUGCAGUAAAAUCAAACUUAACAGAAGAGAAACUGUUUGGAACUGGACUAAAUACUUAUACACAAAUUGGUUACCAGGUUGUUAGAAAAGAUCAUCCACUCUCUCUUAUUAUACAACCAGUUCCAAUCAAUUUGCCAUUAUUACCGAAAACAAAAAUUAUCAAUAUUGCUUGUGGUCAUGCUCACACUAUAGUUGUGACUGACAAAGAAGGUAUAUUUUCCCUUGGAAACAAUGAAUUUGGACAAUGUGGUUAUCCAAUUGUAGAGAAUGAAAUAUACUUUGGAAAGAAGCAGAUAAAUAAAGUCCGUGGUGUUGAUAAUAUUACUAGUGCUGUGUGUGGAGAAGAUCAAACAAUAUUUUUAAAUUCCAAAGGUGAAGUAUUUGGUUGUGGUUUAGGAAAUAAAGGACAGACAGGUCUUGGUCAUUAUCAAAACACAGGUGUUCCAACACAAUUAAAAGGUGAUAUUGAAGGAGAGAAAAUUGUUCAUGUUUCUGGAGCAUCUAAUACUAUGUUGGCCAUUUCUGAAAAUGGUGAUCUAUUUGGUUGGGGAAAUUCAGAAUUUGGACAGCUGAAAGUGACAAAAUGUGAUGAAAAUUUCUUAAAUGUACCAAGACAUAUACCUCUUCCAUCUAUUGGCAAAGUAAUUUGUGCAGCUGCUGGUAAAAGUAUGUGUGCUAUAGUAAAUGAACAGGGAAAACUUUAUGUAUGGGGUUGUGGUUUAUUAGGAAAAGGACCACAAGUAUCUUUUCUUGAUAUUCCAACUCUUUUACCUGAUGCACUCUUUGGAAAAAAUGAAUUCAAUCCUGACAGCAAAGUAAAAAGUGUAUCUAGUGGAUUAUAUCAUUUUGCUGCUGUUACAAAUCAAGGACAUUUAUACAUGUGGGGAGAAAAUCGAGGAGCAUGUCUUGGACUUGGUCAUAGAAAUGAUCAGUACUUUCCUUUUAGAGUAUCUGUUCCUGCAGAAGUAUUGAAAAUAAGCUGUGGCAUUGAUCAUAAUGCUGUACUUUGUAGAUCAUUUUGUAAGAAGAAUUCAUUUAUUUGUAAUAUGUUACGAUACCAAAGAGUUUUGAGAUCUCAUUUAAAGUUUCAUGUACCAAUCCUUACUUUGCUCAAUAAUAUUUUAUUUACUGGUGUAAAAUAUCCAAGAACUAACAGUAUAAGAACCUGCAGUGCCUCUAACACCAAACUGAAAGAUUUGCCAAAUUCUGGUCAUAAUGUUCCUAAUAAUAAAAUAAAAGAAGUAUAUGUUUGGGGUAAUACAGUUCCUGGAUAUUUAAGAAGUGUUAAUUAUUUAGAUCCAUUAAGAGAUAUAGAAGAAAGAAUAACAGAUGAUGAACCAAUUAGACUAAAAUUUCCUGAAGAUGUUAAUAUUAGUGAUGUUUCUUGUGGUCAUGGAUUCACUGUGUUUGCUGGUACAUCACCUCAUGUGAAUGCUAAAUUGUUUGGUACAGGACUAAAUUAUGAUUCUCAAAUUGGUUAUCAUAUUAAUCAGAAUGGAUCUCUACUCAAUGUUAUUUCACAGCCUCUACCAAUCAAUUUGCCUUGUUCAGAUAGAACUAAAAUUAUUCAGACGGACUGUGGUCGUACUCAUACUAUUAUUGUUACAGAUAAGGAAGGCACAUUUUCUCUUGGUAAUAAUGCAUUUGGUCAGUGUGGUUACAGCAUCAUGACAGGUGAAACAUACAUGACAAAGAAAACAAUAAAUAAAGUCCAAAAUGUUGAAAAUAUCAAACAUGUCAGUUGUGGUCAAGAUCAUACAAUAUUUCUAAAUGAUAAAGGAGAACUUUACAGCUGUGGAUGGGGUGCAGAUGGGCAGACAGGUCUUGGACAUUAUAAAAGUCAAGGAAUUCCAACUCAACUGAAAGGAGAUAUUAAAGGGGAAAAAAUAAUACAAGUUGCUGGUUCUUCAGAUACAGUGUUGGCAGUCUCUGAUAAAGGAGACUUAUUUGGCUGGGGAAACACAGAAUACAGGCAGUUAAAGUUAGCAACAGAUGAAGAACAAUUAAACGUUCCUAGGCAUUUAUCUCUGCCAAAUGUAGGAAAAAUAAUACAUGCAGCAGCAGGAGGUACUAUGUGUGCUGUUAUUAACAUUCAUGGAGAAGUUUACGUAUGGGGAUAUGGUAUUUUAGGAAAUGAAGCUAGAGUUUCACAUCUUGUUGAACCUUGUAUUUUACCUCCGAAUCUCUUUAGCAACAGUGAAAAUGUUUCCGAAGUUAAAAUUGUUAAUAUAUCAUGUGGCUUAAGUUAUUUUGCUGCCAUUACAAAUCAUGGAGACUUAUAUAUGUGGGGGAAAAACAGAAAUUCUAGAUUGUGCACUAGAUUUAUUGAUAAUAUAUAUUUCCCACAAAGAAUUAAUUUACCAGCUGAAGUAGUAAAAAUUAGUUGUGGAGUAAAUCAUGUUGCUGUGCUUUGCAAAAAAUUUUUAUAGUUAUUUCAUUUUGUUAAAUUUAUUCAAUGUGAAGUGUUAUCAGAUGUAUUAUAAAAGAUCAAAUAUAUAUUGUAUUAAAUAUUUAAAGUGCUUUUAUAUAUGUUUCUUAAUGUACUUUCUCACCACACUGGGUUGUAUAUACUUCAAUUAAACAACAAUCUACAAUUAACCAGUAACCAGUGUGAAAUUCUUUAAAAAUCAGCGAACGUUUUCGAUUCCCAUCCUGGGAUCUUCUUCAGGCUUAUUUUUAUACCUUCCGUUAUAACUGGAUUCUUUAAUUCGAAUUUGAGAUUCAAAUUAAAGAAUCCAGAAUUAUAAUCUCACUACAUUAAUGGCAUAUCCUAGACUGUAACUAACAAAUAACCGAAAAAAAGGGUGUCUCUUGCAAAGUUGUAGAAAAAAUUACUAUAAAAUAGAUCAUACAUUUUUUUCCCUCCCUUCAUUGAGUGUUUCUCUUGUGAAAACUUGCAUAAUACUAGAAAAUUUUGCUUACAUUUGGAAAUUAUAACUUCAAAGAAAAUAAUAUAAAUAGAAAAAUUUCUCUGCAAACUGGACCAUUCUGUAACACAAAAUACACAACAAAAAACCUAAGUCCUUCCAGUAACAAUAUUUUAACAAAGGAUCUCAGGAGGAGGUCAAAAACAUUUGUAUUUUGUUAAAACGUUACUGGAAGGAUUUAUGUUUUUAAUUGUGUAUUUUGUGAAAAUAACACUUAUUUUCAAGAAAAAAUUUAUAAGCAAUACAGUCUCCAUUACACCAAAUUAAAUAUAGAUUAUGAUUUAUCACACUUUUUGAUGAGAUAAUCCAAGAUUUCUUAAUUAAACUUGUCCAAAGCUGCUUGAAUUGCUUCUCUAAGCUACUGGACUCUGCUAUACUGAUUAUUUUCAGCAUAAAUGUGACAAAUCAGAACGUUCCACACAUUUUAUACAGGAUUGGGAUCAAGGUAUAUAUCGCAUAACUGGGAUUUUCAAACCUAGCUAAUUUCUUGCACUGGCACUUUUCUGGACAGAAGUAUUAUCAUGCAUGUAUGUCAAUGAAAUGUCAUCAUAAUCUAUUCUAGAAAAGGGGUUAAACUUUCUGUUAAAGUAGUUUAACAAAUUCCUAAUCUAAAUAUAUAAAAUUAUUUGUCCUGACUGACUGAGUGAUUGAUUCAUCAUCGCCCAGGGCAAACUGCUGAACCUAAAGUGGUGAAAUUUGGUACACAGAGUCCAUCAUGAAAACGCACACUAA